AUGAGGCUGUUAAUAGCCACCAUAUCGCUAAUCCUCUCAGCUCUAUCAUGGCUCGACUGUACAGUCUCCGUCCCUCGCGCCCCUCCCUCGCUCGACCUUUCGCAACUCGAAGACAAGAGAGUUAUCACCCGCGAUGUCUGUAUCAUAGGCGGUGGUUCCGCCGGCACAUACGCAGCAAUCCGCCUCCGACAAAUGAACCAGAGCGUUGUGCUGGUAGAGAAAGAGGACCACCUAGGCGGACACGUCAAUACCUACGACGACCCGGAAACAGAAACCGCCGUCGACUAUGGCGUGCUCUACUACGAGAACCUCCCCCUGGUGCGAGAUUACUUCGACCACUUCGACAUUCCACUGGAGAAGGUUCGCAUUCUAGAGCAGAACUCCACGCAACGUCGGGUCGAUCUUCGCACUGGGACCCCCGUCGGUCCAGCCCAGGGCAACAUGUCCCAGGCAUUGGCGGCGUACUCGGCCCAGCUGCUCAAGUAUCCGUAUCUCAGCACGGGCUUCAACCUGCCCAACCCCGUACCCCCAGAUCUGCUGCUCCCGUUCGGCGAAUUCGUGAAGAAGUAUGACCUCGAGGGCGCGGUCGAUAUCAUUGCCAUGUUCAAUCAAGGCGCCGGCGAUAUACUGCAGCAGACAACACUUUACAUGUUGAAAUAUUUCGGCCUUGGUGUGGUCCAAAGCGCAUUCGGGGGUUUUCUUGUGCCAGAUAGUCGCAACAAUAGCGAGCUAUAUGGUGCUGCGCGGGAGGAGCUAGGCGAGGACGUGUUACUCAAUAGCACUGUUACUUAUACACACCGCAAUGACGCGAGGGGGUGGGCGUACGCGGUGGUGCAAACGCCAUCCGGGGUGAAAGUGAUUCGUGCACGGAAACUCAUCAUAGCCAUUCAACCCAGACUGGAUAUGCUGAAGGGAAUGGACAUGGACCUGGACGAUUCAGAGCGAGAGCUGUUCAGGCAGUUCAAUAAUACGUGCUACUACACGGCUCUCGCCAGGAUCCCGGGUCUUCCAGAAGAUAUGCAGAUUGUCAACCGUGCAACCGAUACCCUCUACCAACUGCCGCCUCAGCCUGCGGUCUACGUGAUAAACACCACCAGAGAGCCGGGGCUGUUUACUAUUCUCUACGGGAGCAAAGAACACAUGACGGAAGCAGAGGUUAAGGGCAAUAUGACUCUCAGUGUCAUGCAAUUAAGGAAGGCGGGUAUUCCUGUUGAACCACCGGAGUUCGUUCGAUAUUCGGACCAUAGCCCCUUUCUAUUGACUGUCCCGCCAGAUGCAAUUCGCAAUGGCUUCUACAGACGUCUGAAUAAUUUGCAGGGCCAUCGCAGGACGUACUAUAUGUCUGUCACGUUUGACUCGCAUGAUUCGGCGCGGAUCUGGUCCUUCAUUGAUGGGUUGCUAAAGGCGAGCUUUUCAUGA